UGAUGACGGCCCCGGAUGGUUUCAGGUCUCGAGAGAGCGGUGAGUGAGUUACCGCGAAGAGGAGCCAGGAGGAAUAAGCAGCCGGCAAGCCGAAGAUGCCGCUUCCAAAGCGACUGGUGGAGCCCGUGCACGUGGCACGCGGCACCAUCCCUGAUGACUUCCCGCUGCCAUCGGAACUCGAGGCGGCCACCAAUGGCACCCUGGCCAACACGAUCAGGCAACUCUCUAGCCUGUCGAGGCACGCCGAGGAUCUGUUCGGCGAGCUGGCGAGAGAAGCGCACGGGUUGAGCGAUCGAGCGAAUUCCCUGCAGGCUAGGAUAGAUCGUUUGGCCGUCAAGGUCACCCAGUUGGACAGCAAUGUUGAGGAAGUCUCGUUGCAAGAUAUACACAUGAGGAAAGCCUUCAAGAGUUCCGUGGUGUUCGACCAGCAAGUCGUCUCCAGGGACACCAUGCCGACGGCGAUGCUGGAAACGUAUCACCAAUGCGACACGCCGCCGCCCCUGGACAAGCUUAAUAUUUACAGGGAGGAUGGCAAGGACGGCUUGAAGUUCUACACCGACCCGAAUUACUUCUUCGACCUGUGGAGUCAGGAAAUGCUCAAGGACACGGAAAAGAAAUUACACGAUCGAGGGAAGAAGAGCGAGUCUGAAUAUGCCGAACCGUUCAGAGAGCCGCACAGGCCUCGGAAUGAGGGUGGCGGCGGAGGUGGCGGCAGGCAUAAGAAACGUGUGAGGCAGCCGCAUAAUACGAGGGAACGACAACGGCAACUGGCUGUCGGCCAUGGGGAGUAUAUCAUGCCGACACAGGCGGUGCAGUACAGGGCGCCGCAUAAUGUGCAGCCUGACGAUGCGUUACUAGGAAUGGUAAUGACGGAUCCCAGGCCGCCCAGACCCAACAGCAUCGAACUGCGACGAAGCUACCCCCCAGAAGAACAGCAUCUCUACAGCCCGCCGUCUUCCGAUCACUACAGGGGGAACUAUAUGACUCAGGGCUACGACGAGAAUCCAUAUUCACAUUACGCGGGUCAGGCGCCGCCCGGCAGCGAUGCGUAUCAAAGUCCCGGCGGUCAGAGCACCCCGAGUCGGGGCGGCAGGUCACGACCGUCGCAGCCACCACCGGCUCCGCCGAGCAACGCUUCCAGCAAUUCCACGCCCACAGUGGCAUCCGCCAACAAUACUCCUACCAGGGGAAGAUCCAUGAGCACCGGCAGGGACACCCUGCCGCCGCCGCCACCACCACCAGGGGAAACCAUGUCUCCUCCUUCCAUGAACGGUUCCAUACCGCCGCACUUGCUGAACAGGAGCGGAAGUCGGUCAGACAGUCCUCUACCAAGCCAACGUUCGACGCCGACGCCGCCGAAUCACGCAGGCCAGUUGGGUGCGGACGAGAUAGAUCCAGCACCCCAGGAUCUUCCGCCACCCCCGCCCACCCCAGACCCCAUCCCGCCAAGACCUAUUUCACCUCCGUGCAACAUCCCGCCGCCUCCACCACCGCCGCCUCCUCCGCCGGUCCUCAACGGACCCACGGCACCGUUACCGUUGACAAACGGCGAUAUCGCGAAGAUGAUAGCGACCAAUCCGCCGAAGCUAAAGCCCCUGAAAAGCAUUGUAGAUGGCCAGCUAAGGAAACCCGUCAACCCGAAUAUUCCAUUGGUCGACCCGCGAAACGACUUGCUCAAAGCGAUUCGCGACGGCAUAAAACUGCGCAAGGUAGAGAAGAUCGAGCAAAAAGAGGUGGAGCGCGUGAACGCGCUCAACGACGUCGCAUCCAUCCUGGCGCGUCGCGUCGCCGUCGAGUUCAGCGACAGUGAUUCGGCAUCGGAGAGCGAGUGCGACAGCGAAGGCUGGGGCGAGCAGGAGAGCAAUCUGGCGUGACCCAACUCUCUGUCAUCCGCCGUUACUGCCGUCUAGGGAAACGGCUGACGAUUCGUUUCGAUGCUCUGACGCCACUCCUAAGGUUCCUCGGUGUUAUAACGAGCCGAUUUUGUUUCUCGUUUCAUGUCUCCGCGGCCGAUAUUUCACUUCCGAGGAAUCGCGAAACGCUCGCGCGCUUUAAACACUGUAUAUUCAGAAUUCUAAAUUUUCAGGACUGAACCGAAGUAAAUUCUGAAUUAUAGAAGCAAUUCUGCACGAUCCUCUCAACGGAGAUCAUUCGUUAUGGAGAGUACACGGAUAUGAUUUAAAUUUAUCAUCGCUUGUCGACGAAUAAAGACAAUGUGAAUUUCA